AGAGACGUGUCAGACCAGGUACACCAGAGAGGAGCUCUUCAUAAACUCCACAGUGAGCCUCAAAUACUCGAGCUGGGAGUCUUGUGAUUCCUGAAUGACAUGUUGUUAGAUGACUGAGUUGUAAAUCGCUAAUACAGCCUCUUCUGAGCUUCAACCGAGGACUUUAAGCCGAGUCUUGAAGAUAGAAGUUGGACUUUGACUCGAGACUCGUCAUAUAAAGUAGAGGAGAGGGGAAAGGAGGCAAUUUCACCCAACAAAGAGAGGAAGAAAGAACAGCCAUGACCAUGUGGAGGACAGCCGGAGCUCUACUGCUAAUACUACAUACUGUGUUUGGCCAGAGCAGCAUCAGAUGGUGCACCAUCUCAAAUGAAGAGCAGAAGAAAUGUCAGGCCAUGUCGCAGGCUUUCUCCCAAGUCUCCAUCCGUCCGUCUCUCAGCUGUGUCAAAGGAAUGGCAGUCGAGGCCUGCGUUCAGAAACUACAGAAGAAAGAAGCAGACGCCUUGUCCAUGUUCAGCACCGAAAUCUACAACCUGGGGAAGACAGCUUCCUUCAAGAUGGCUGCCAGUGAAUCAAAGGCUGAUGGUACUGGUACUUCCUACUAUGCAGUUGCUGUGGUGAAGAAAGCAAAUUCUGGCAUCAACAUCAACAACUUGGCAGGAAAAAAGAGCUGCCACACUGGGAAAGGCCGAACAGCCGGCUGGAAUAUGCCUUUAGGAUACCUCAUAGACCAGGGCUACAUGUCUGUGAUGGGCUGCGACUUCUCACAGGGGGUGGCAGAGUUCUUCAAUGCGAGCUGUAUCCCCGGAGCAAACCAGCCGGGUGACCCUAAGUCUUUGUGUCAGCUGUGCAAAGGAGAUGCUACCGGAAAUCACAAAUGUGAAAUGAACGUCCAAGAGAGAUAUUUCAGCUAUGAAGGAGCUUUCAGAUGUCUGGUUGAAGAUGCAGGAGAAGUGGCCUUCAUCAAACACACAAUUGUUGAGGAGAACACUGAUGGUCGUGGCCCAGAAUGGGCAAAACCACUGCUGUCAUCGGACUAUGAGCUGUUGUGUCGUGACGGCAGCAGAGCUCCCAUCUCUCAGUGGAGCAGAUGCCAUCUGGUCCGCAUCCCAUUUCGUGGGAUUGUGGUCGGCAAUCACAUCACUCCCUCUGUGGUGUUUACCAUGCUGAAGGAGGGCCUGGAAAAGUCAAACUUCAACAUGUUUUCGUCUGCGGGAUAUGGAGGAGGAACCGUUCUCUUCUCUGAGUCAGCCACCAUGUUUCAGGGGGUGGAGUCAGAAGACCCCCAGAAGUGGAUGGGUCACUUCUAUUACAAUGCUCUGAGAGCUAUGGACUGUAAAGCUGAAGACGUCCUGCGGUGGUGUGUGUUGACAGGCCAUGAGCAGGAGAAGUGUGCUGACAUGGGCGCAGCCUUUCAAAGUAAAGGUUUGACUCCAGCUGUCAGGUGUGUCUACGGGGAUUCUGUGACUGACUGCAUGAACAAAAUCAAGAACAAGGAGGCUGAUGCUAUCACUCUGGAUGGAGGUUACAUCUACACUGCAGGCAAAGAGUAUGGCUUGGUCCCUGCUACCGCCGAGAGCUACACAGACGACCGUGAUGGCUCCAUAUACUAUGCAGUUGCGGUGGUAAAAAAGAGUAGCCAAGACAUCCGUAACCUUGACGACCUGCGAGGCCGGCGCUCCUGUCACACGGGAUAUGGCCGCACGGCUGGCUGGAACAUUCCCGUAGCAACGCUGAUGGAGAGAGGCCUGAUCAACCCUCAGCAAUGUCAGAUACCCCAAGCAAUGGGAGGGUUCUUCCAGCAGAGUUGUGUACCAGGUGCCAACCAGCCCGGUUUUCCCAGCAGCCUGUGUGGUCUGUGUGUGGGAGACAUCAAAGGAGAGAACAAGUGUGACAAGGGAAGAGACCUGUAUGAUGGAUACAACGGUGCCUUCAGGUGUCUGGCGAGGGGAGAUGGAGAUGUUGCUUUCGUCAAGCAUUCUACUGUCUUCCAAAACACAGAUGGUAGCGGUGAAUCGUGGGCAACAGACCUACGGUCUACAGAUUUCCAGCUGCUGUGUUCUCAUGGCACUAAAGCCGAGGUCUCACAGUACAGACACUGUAACCUGGCCAGAGUCCCUUCCCACGCCGUGAUGGUGCGGCCAGACACCAACAUCCACGCUGUCUAUGGACUCCUGGACCAUGCACAGAAAUAUUUUGGCAGCGAUACAAAUCCUGAUUUCCUGAUGUUUGACUCGGAGGGCUACGGUGAAGCAGAUCUCAUCUUCAAAGACUCCACUGUUCGCCUCGUGAGUGUCGGUGACAAAAAGACCUAUCAGGAGUGGCUGGGCCAGGGCUACAUGGACUCACUGGUCGACCUUGACUGUAACUCAUCAGUUACAGUCAUGUCAUCUGUAUGGCUGCUGCUGAUGGCCCUGUUCAGCUUCAUGCUGACCCACCUCUGAAUGUAAAGAUAUAACAUGAGACAGGCGCACAUUUUCUCUAUUCCUCAGCCCUCACCUCUUCUUCACACUUCCCGUAUCCUUCCCUUCCUCCUUUCUUCAAUUUUCACACGGGAUUCUUCAGUUUAGUCCUGCUAUUCUGAACAUCCACUCCCUCUAUCCUUGAAUCUGUGUUUUUGUCUUAAAAUUGCAUCUUUUCUACCUGAUUGUGUGUUAUUUUAAUAUAUGAGAGGAUGGCAUGUUGAAACUGCCUUUGGAUUGAAAUGUUUCUAGUGUUGAAGCAAAAGAAGCACAAUUGUUUUUGUGGCAGGGAAGAGGCUUUUGAUGCCCUUAGCCAGUGUGAAUUAGACAUGUUGAGAGAAGGUGUUGCUGCCACUUUGUUUACUGAAGGUGAGCUGCCAUAUCAGUGUGUAUGCUGCCACCUGUUACAUUGCUUUAGUGGGUAGUGCAUCCCUGUCUCUCCAAAGCUAGUUUAACAGAACAGACAAUCUGAUUUUAACCUUAUAUAAGCUGCAUAUAAUGUUUUGUGGUGUCACAUUGAACAAUUACAUUUAAAAAAUGUAACAUUUCUUCCCAGAAACGCUGGAUAAUUCACUAUGUUUUUUGUAAUCUAGGUGAACUGACACUUUAAGAAACACUAGUAAAAGUAAUAUGGAUAGGAAGUUUACUUUUGAACUCCUUAAUAUCUGGUUUAGCUGUUUCUUGCUCAAAAAUAACAAACCCACAGAAAAAAAACCUUUAAACUGUAACUGACCCCAGAUCAGCUUCCCUAUUUUCAUUUAAUUUGAUUGCUGUUCUGCUCUGCUGCCACUUGCUCUUCGAGUACAAACAAACACGGCCUUCCUUUAGUUUGGGCUGUGUUUCUCCAAUAAGCUAAUGCCAUAUCAGAGAAUAUGCACUAGUAUUGCCUCCACACAGAGCUGUGCUGGGGAUGGUGUGAUGAUGAGUGUCUGAGUGUUUGUCCAUAGGCUGUCUACUUCAUGUAUUCUCCUCAAAUGCCUAAAAAUCAAGAAGUGAAAUGCUUUAAUAUAGUUCGUGCUGAGCCUGCUUGCAGCUGCACAUAGAAAUUGUUGUAUUAUUGUUACUAAUCUGAUGCUUUUGGAUGGGAAAUGCUUUAGCAGCAGAUAGUCAGCAUCCCUCCCACCUGCAGCCAUUUUUUUCACACCUUGUUAGCAUUUCAAAUUAUACAUAUUUGGACACAAAUGGAGUGAGUGACUCUGGUCAGGUUUUGUCAGAUUUGGGGAGAACAUAAAGAAAACAUCCUGUGGUUUGUGCUGGAGAGUGAAUGAGGUUUGUUUGUCUGGAUGGUUUAAGUCAAAGAGAAAGACUACAGGCUUUAAUGUAUUAAUGUGAUUCCAACUUUUACUUUGACUUACAGAAAGACAUUUUACUCCAUUUGGGUUUAGGAAGGGAUUUAGCUUAAUGCUGUUAGUCAUGGAAGAGUGUCAAAGGAAUAAAACGCCAUUAAAAUAAUAAUAAUAAUGGACUUAAGAUCUGCUCUCAUGUCCUCUAACUCAAACAACUCACUCCAGAAAUGUCUCUCUCUAACUCAAACUAACCAGUUUUUGUCAUAUCUACUGUACCUCCUGCUGCCUGAUGCUGUUUCCUGCUUUAAAAUGUUGAUUUGGAUGUGUAUUUUCCUAUGUUGAGAGAUUUAUUUUUAUAUGAAGUUCAGAUACCAUAUCAGUGUAUAUGUACUGACUCAUGCUGUCAGAAACCCAUGCUUUCUCUUCCUCCUGAUAGAGAUUUAUUUCUAUGUGAAAUGAUGUAACAUGUAACUAAUAUUUAGUUGCCAGGCCAGUGCGUCUGCACAAGUAUUGCUACAUAAAGCUGCCGACUUGAGCUGUUUUCUGUGCUUGUUCAAAUGAAAUAAAGCUACGUACU